GUAUUAAAUGCAUUAGAAAUUUGGCAUAAUCCUCUUAAGCUACUUCUAUAUGUUUAUGUUUUUUUAUUAUUCAAGUUUAAAAAUAGCAUUGCUACUUCGUUUGCUAUUGUGAACUAACACAUGCUCCGGAUAUCAUGAUAUACGUUCUCUGGUUAUGCCUUAUACCAUGAUAUACGUUCUCUGGUUAUGCCUUAUACCAUGCUGUUAUGAAUCAACCUUCCGUUAUGUCCUUAAUUCGACAAACGUCAAAACACCUCGCUCGUGUUGGUAAUGGUGUAUUGGCAAAGCGGUCAAUGUCCCUAGAUAAUGCAAACAUUCAAAAUAGAUAUGGUAGUUCUACUUCAACGGAUGAUAAAUCACAAUUUCCUGGUGCAAAAGCACCCUUCGUUUCAAAUUUAAAAUUGAUUAAACAUACUGACUAUGGCGCCAUUCCUAUUUACCGGGUCAUGGACAGUGACGGAUACAUUGCCGACGAUUCGCAAGAUCCCCAGUUAAGUAAGGAAAUAGUACAAAAGAUGUUUAAUGAUAUGGUCCAACUUAACACUAUGGACAAAAUUCUAUACGAGUCUCAACGCCAGGGACGCAUAUCAUUCUACAUGACGAAUUUUGGCGAAGAAGCAUCGCAUAUUGGAAGCGCAGCUGCUUUAGAAAUGCGUGAUUUGAUAUAUGGCCAAUACAGGGAGGCUGGAGUAUUAGUUUGGCGUGGUUUUCGCAUCGAUCAAUUCAUAGAUCAAUGCUAUGGUAACUGUGAUGAUGACGGCCGUGGCAAACAAAUGCCAGUACAUUAUGGAAGCAAAGAAUUGAAUUUUGUCACCAUCUCUAGCCCGUUGGCAACUCAAAUGCCACAAGCUGUUGGUGCAGCAUAUGCUAUGAAGUUACGUACCAAUAAUGAUGCUUGUGUUGUGUGUUAUUUCGGAGAAGGGGCAGCAUCUGAAGGUGAUGCGCAUGCUGCUUUUAACUUUGCAGCAACGCUGGAAUGUCCAGUUAUAAUGUUUUGCCGAAACAAUGGAUUUGCAAUUUCUACUCCUUCUCACGAACAAUAUAACGGAGAUGGAAUCGCAGCACGUUCUCAUGGUUAUGGCAUGGCAACAAUUCGUGUCGAUGGAACAGACGUCUUCGCCGUUUACAACGCUAUGAAAUUUGCUCGUGAAUAUGUGCUUCGCGAAAACAAACCAGUUGUUUUUGAGUCCAUGGCAUACCGUGUUGGUCACCAUUCGACAUCAGACGAUAGCACCGCUUAUAGACCUGCUGAUGAAGUCGAAGUAUGGAAUUCAAAGGAGCAUCCUUUAUCCAAACUAAAGAGCUACAUGGUUCGCAAAGGAUGGUUUAAUGAAAAUGAAGAAAAAGAGUUUGUAAAAGACGUACGGAAAAAAGUUUUGAAACAAAUUACAGUAUCAGAAAAAAAGCCUAAGCCUCACUGGAAAGAAAUGUUCGAAGGUGUUUACUCUGAAAUACCUUCACAUUUACAGGAACAAAUGAAAGAAUUGGAGUCUCACAUAAAUACACAUAGGAACCACUAUCCUGUAAAGAACUUUAAAGCGUAAAGGUUCACUAGGGAACUACAAAUUUCUUUGUUUAUUAUCUUCUCAGUAACCUCUCUACUAUAACAUAAAACGUUUUACGCCGUAUGGUUUUCAAUUUUGUUAAAGUGGUCUUUGGUGGUUGGUUGAAACAGUUGUUGCAUAUCUUUGUCAUAGCUUGUGAUACUCAAAAUGCAUUUAUUAGUUUUAAGAAAUUAUUCGAAAACUUACCUACAUGUUAACGAAAGCACAUUGCCACAGAUAGGAAUAAAUAUAACAUCGUUAUAUUAUUGAGUAAUAAUAUAUUAUUCAUGUUUGUAAAAGUUUUAAAUUAAAUCUUGAUUAAUUUGUUAAAAAAUAUAAGUACAUACAGAAUAAAAUAUUUACGCUGUCGGAAAUUGCACGAUAUAUGGUGCUUUAAAUGUGAGAGACAAUUACGAAAAAAUAUUUUAAAA